GCAGGCCGACGCUCCAUCCACUGAGCCAAACCGGUUUCGGCGGGGCGCUGCCCCUUUCUAGGAGGCUACUGGGAAGGGAUCCCCAGGAUUUGCCUCCAUCGCUUACGGAGCAGCUGAGCUCCGGGAGGUGCGUCGAGGCCCGAAAGCGGACCAAGUCUGCCCGCAAACCAUUUUACAGAUGGAGAAACCCGAGGUCCAGAGAAGGGAAACUCCCCAGCCGAGAGCCGAAGCUCGGGCCAGGGUUUCUCCACGGAGGUGGGAGUGCAGGUGCGCGCUCUUGGUGGGCAAAGUCCUUGCAGGAGCUUGGUCCGAAGCAGAGCACUGACGGUGCUGUCCGGAGGAGGGAGCCUGCGUGGGGUGCAGGAUCCAUCGCUGCCUCCGUUUCCCUAGCACUCGACGGGAGACGUUGAAAUUGGCGACACGCGCCUGCCGAGACACACUCCGACUAUAUUAGACUCUCCCGGCGCCCCCUCAAGUCUGAUGGAGGCUCCUUUUCGCGCGCUACCUCCCAGCCCUUUAACACCCGGUCCCCCCGUUCGAGCCUCUCGGCGUUCUAUUGGAAAGACUCUAGGCCCCUCUAGAACGUGAGGCCCAGACCGCCCUGGAGCUGGAACUGCGCAUGCGCAAGGACAGCCAACCGGGAAGGCGGAAAAGCUAGUCCCGACUUUGUUGAGCUGCCUGGGUGGGGCGGGGCGGAGAUUGUGUUAACCAAUGACCUGCAGGAGCAAGGAGGGCGGGAUUAGGCUCCCGGUUGCUAGGCGCUACCUUUGGGGGAGGCAAUGUAAAAAGAUGGGUGAUCUGGGAUUCAAUGGCCCUUCACGUCACCGUCCUUCCAGACCGCGGAAGUUAAGCAACGGAGAGGCGGGCCUAGCACCGGAAGCAGGAAGGAGGGCACAGGAAGCCAGGCGCCGCCACCACUGGCCCAGGCAGUCAGUGGGUCUGUCGGUCCCAGGGCAGGAUGGAGAAGCUGCGGCUCCUGGGCCUCCGCUACCAGGAGUACGUGACUCGUCACCCGGCCGCCACGGCCCAGCUGGAGACGGCAGUGCGGGGCUUCAGUUACCUGCUGGUCGCUUCGCCGAUUCGCACGAGCUGUCAGAGCUGGUGUACUCUGCCUCGAACCUGCUCGUGCUGCUCAACGAUGGGAUCCUGCGCAAGGAGCUUCGGAAAAAGCUGCCUGUGUCGCUGUCCCAGCAGAAGCUGUUAACAUGGCUGAGCGUGCUGGAGUGUGUGGAGGUGUUCAUGGAGAUGGGGGCCGCCAAGGUGUGGGGUGAAGUGGGCCGUUGGCUCGUCAUUGCCCUCAUCCAGCUGGCCAAGGCAGUACUGCGAAUGUUCCUGCUCAUCUGGUUCAAGGCUGGCCUCCAGACCUCACCCCCCAUCGUUCCACUGGACAGGGAGACCCAGGCACAGCCCCCGGAUGGUGAGCACAGCGGUAGCGGCCAGGAGCAGUCAUACGUGGGGAAGCGGUCACACAGAGUGGUGCGAACGCUCCAGAACACUCCGUCCCUGCACUCAAGGCACUGGGGAGCCCCCCAGCAGCAGGAGAGACGGCAACAGCAGCACCGGGAGGAGCUGAGCGUCACCCCCACUCCGCUGGGGCUGCAGGAAACCAUUGCAGAGUCCUUGUAUAUUGCCCGGCCCCUGCUGCACUUGCUCAGCCUGGGCCUAUGGGGGCAGCGGUCGUGGAAACCCUGGCUCCUAUCUGGUGUCGUGGAUGUGACCAGUCUGAGCCUCCUGAGUGACAGGAAGGGCCUGACCCGGAGGGAGCGGCUGGAGCUGCGGCGUCGGACCAUCCUGUUGCUCUACUACCUGCUGCGCUCCCCAUUCUAUGACCGCUUCUCCGAGGCCAGGAUCCUCUUCCUGCUCCAGCUGCUGGCAGACCAUGUCCCGGGCGUUGGCCUGGUGACAAAGCCACUCAUGGAUUACUUACCUGCCUGGCAGAAAAUUUAUUUCUACAGUUGGGGCUAACAGACAUCCGGGAGUGGGGCAUGGGGAGGGGCAGGGGGAGCCUCGGCCCUUCGGUCCCCUGGACCCUAAUAAAACUGACUCUGGCAGUA